AUGCGGGGGAGGCGCACGUGCGUGUUGGGUGGCAUCUAUCUCUCUUUCUAUAUAAUAAAUUUCUCAGUAUUUAUCAAUAUUUUCUUUCUCUGUCUAGGCGAGUUACUUCCGUUUUUUUCAUCCUUUCUUGUAUCUAUCUAUCUAUCUAUCUAUCUAUCUAUCUAUCUAUCUAUCUAUCUCAAUCCAUUGAUAUCUAUCUAUCUACACUAUUCAAAUUAUUCGGACUAUUAUCUAUCUAUCUAUAAACUCAUUCUAUCUAUUAGCUUGUCAGUCUAUCUGUCUAUCUAUAAACACAUUCUAUCUCAGUCCAUUGAUAUCUAUCUAUCUAUCUAUCUAUCUAUCUAUCUAUCUAUCUAUCUAUCUAUCUAUCUAUCUGUCUGUCCUUUAGAUAUACCCCUCUUCCGGGUUUCUUCGUUUUUCACAAUCCGCCAUUUUCCAAAUCUAGAUGGCCGAUGA